AUGAUUUGGACUGUGUCAUGCUUUGGGAGAAUAAAUGACCUAAGGCCUGUCCUCCUGCAGGGGGGGGCCAUCAACUGCGACUCCAGCGGCCUGGUCGAUCCUCUGAAGAUCGGACUGAAGAACCACAAAGUGUCUUUCUCGGAAGAGAACUUCAGAGGCAUGGAGAAACUGGACUGCAAGACUGCAAAAUGCGAGUAUAUCAAGUGCAUCCUCAAGGACACCGAAAUAAAUACAGACUACUUUGUGAAAGUUAAAACAAGGAUCUGGAGUGGCACAUUUAUUUCGGCCACCUAUCAGAUGAUUGAGUUGACCUCCAACUUUGAUGUGGAGACCUCCAACCCUGACCUGCUCAUCAUCGGCCUCAAACAGCUACCAGUGGUGCUGACGGUCAGUAAACCUGGAGAGAAAGGGGAUGUUCCAGUGGGAGUGAUAGCAGGAAGCAUCAUUGGUGGACUGCUGCUGUUGGCUCUGGCCGUCGGACUCCUGUGGAAAUUUGGGUUUUUCAAAAGAAAGUACAAGCAGCUUCAGAUGGAGGAUGACGACACGCAGAGCCGCGCACAUGUGGAUGAAGUGCUGUAACGUAAGACGAGACCUGCAGUGUCUCUCUGCUCACUGGAGCAUUGUUCCCAGUGUGCAUACUGGUUCUCGUCACUGGUGCUCAUAAAGUGCUAAUGGACUGAAGAGCAAUCACUGGAAAUUGGACAUUUUAAUUAAGUCGAUACAAGUUGGUGGAUAAAUGGGAUUUGGACCAUUUUACAGAGGAUCUUUUUUUUGUCUUUAUUUUGUUGAGCUUUGUGGGCUAUACAUUGAUCAGUUGCUGUCAUUCACUGACUUGAAUUCAAUGUAAAAACUGUCUUUUUCCCCCAAUAUGACAGGAUGCAAUACUUUUUCUUCUUUAGAUGACAUUAUGGAUUAAAUGUUUAACACUGUUAAGGCAUUUAAGAUACGCAUUGCAUUUUUAUAACAACAUGGUAACAUGAUAGAAAUAUUGCAUUCUCAAUUAGAAAAACCUUAUUUUUAAUUAUGCUCAUUUGCAUUAAUCUUUUUAUUACACAUGUGGUCUGUAGCUUAUACUGCUUUGCAAUCCAGCGUCACCUCAGCCACUCAGGGCUUUUAUUGCAUUUAUUGACAUUAGUAUUUUCUAUGUAAACAAGAAAUUAUACCUUUCCUGGACAGAGUAAAAGCUAUUACUCUGUGUGUAUGUCACUGUAUAUACUGUAAGAUAGAAUUAUGAUCUUUCAUAUUGGGUUUUGUAAAUGCAAAGUUUUUACUUGUGUUGUUUUUAUCUUUAUUGAUGAUAUUUGUAAUAUUGAUGAUAUUUUGUUGUAUUUUACCAUUUGUUGCACUUCUUGUCAGGUCUUUUUUUUAAUAGAAUAUUGUGUUAUUGUAAUCUGUUAAAUGUUUAUUGAUUAUUUAAUGGUUAAUGGAGUAUGACCAGCAAAUAUGUUUGUUAAACCAUUAAAUCCAUUAUCAAAAUUGAUGCAAGUACGUGUUUUCUGUUAACCAACAGAUUGUUAACUCUAGAGCGUAAAAAAACCCACAAUGCCAUAAAUCAAUUAAACACACUUUGUUUCUCGCUCAAAUACUGUUCACUACCGAGAAAUAGUUCAUGACUCUGAGAUGUUGAAUGGUACUAUCAAAUAUAUUCUGUGUUAGGUCUGCACUUGACCUUGGUUUCUCACUUGCAGUGGGGGGAUUGUUUAGGCUUAGUUAAAGCUGUAUUAGCACAAUGUUGCCACUAGAUGGCAGCAUGAUAUAGAUGACGUGUUGGCACUGUUCAGUAUUUUCUCUCUGUUCUGUUGAUGAACACAAUUCAAUUAAUACACAUUUAUUACC